CUAACCCAAACAGGCUAACUGGCUGCUCGUCCGAUCGUCUAGUUUUUUCGUUUGUUUAUAGCCUGCCUAACUAUGUGAAACCAAUUACACUGUGCAGGUACAACCUCAGUGAAAGAAGGGCAGUCGGGCCUGCUGGCUGGCAGCCUGCGUUAACCUUAGCAGCUGCUUAUAUGUUUCAGUCUUGUCGGUUUCCACUACAUGGCUCAUCUGAUCUGGGCUUUUGCUCUGGCCUGGCAAACGCGGUCGAGAGACUCAUUUUAUAAGUGCCCCUUAAAAUAUUAACCUGCCCUAGGCCCUGGAGGGGUGUCAGGUGUCAAUUAAGUAAUUAAAGAGGCGGAGGUGUUGGCCACAGCUAUCCCAGAAAGCCUAGGCCUGGUCGGAGAGGCCGGCAACUAUUUCCAUGUCAGAGGGCUGAAAGGCCCGCGGUUGGGUCUGAUUACCCAGGACAGCUUGGAGUCCGACGACCGUGAAGGGAUUAUGUAACACGGGACCAAAUCAAAUGCUAAUCGACGUACCGUAGGGCAGGUUAAGACACGGUGGGCCGUGUUCAAAGGAGGGAUCCAUGCAAAUACAAACGUUGAGUGAAACGAAUAUUUCGCCUGAGGAAAUCGCUAUUCAGUGGAUGUUUCCUGUGUCGCAACUCCAGCACAAGUGGCUGUCGUUCAGGCAUUCUUAUCUGGUGUUUUGGAUUUGGAUUUGGUUCCUGAGUUUCCUGAUUCCACGCGACGAUUCCACGCACACGUUUCCAGAUGAUCCUGUGGGUGGUGGCGUCGCUGCUGACUCUGGCCGAAGGGGGAUUCUCCGAGGAGGACAGCAAGAAGACCGCCCCGGAACUGCUCCUGUCCUGGGAGAGGAACGCCUGGCGCGGGCCCCACUCCCCCCAGGUGCAGGAGCUGCAGGAGAAGAAGCGGGCCCACCCCUCGUGGCCCCGUGGCUUUGACCGGCCCUCUCCGGCGGAGGAGGAGGGCGAGGCGUACCCGAGCAGGUGGCAGCGCUCUCCCCCCGAGCCCGCCUCCACGCGACCCCCCAGAAGGAACCGGAAGAAGUCGAAGAAGUCCAGCCGGGACUGCCACAUGGAGGCGAAGAAGAUGAGCGUGAGGGACCUGGGCCUGGGCUUCGACUCGGACGAGAUCGUGGUGUUCAAGUACUGCGUGGGAACGUGCCACAGCUCGCGCAAGAACUACGACCUGGCUCUCAAGGCCCUCACGGACAACGGCAGCAUUCCCAGCAGGAGGGUGAGCGCCAGCCCGUGCUGCCGGCCCACGCGCUACGAGACCGUGUCCUUCAUGGACGUCCAGACCACCUGGAAGACCAUCAAGUGGCUGUCGGCGGCCAACUGCAGCUGCGUGGGAUGACGUGGGGGCGGCGGCGGCGGGGGGGGGGGCGGAGGAGGAGGUUGGGCCCCGGUGGAAAAAACGCGCACACGUACAUGGAAGCUCCGGGAUGGGAGAUGAAUGGGCCUCCUCGGUGGGUGGGGUGGGGGGUUGGUGGUAGAUCAGGGCCUUGGUUGGAUCUAUGGUUCAUGCUGACGUGGGAUCCACCGGGCAGUAGCCAGGCCGGCCCAUCGGUAUGGCUGUAAGAGCCGGCUCCCGCCUGCUGCUCCCUCUGCCUGACCUCGGAGCGGCGCAAAGCCCCUUCCCUUCCACCAGCCUGGCUGGGAAGGCCUGAGCUAGGGGCUCAUGAGGAGGACAGGAGCUCACGGCCCAUUGCUCCAGACUCCCCCGUCCGACGACCUACAAGGAGAACCGGGCUUGAGAGAAGGGGGGGGGGGGUUACGGUGGUCCAAAAGAGGGGUGGACAUCUGUCAAGUGUCCGUUCACCCUCGUGUCAUGUGCCUUCGGGAAAGCUGGACAAAGGAAGACGUGACAAAAGGCCACUGGGUUCAGGAGCAUGAGAGACUAAAGCCUUGACUAUGAACCCAAACAGGGACGUUGGGGGUUUCUGAGCAAAGAGACAGCUUGCAGUUUGAAGACCAAAUACCUUGAUGUGAAGAAAUGUUUAUGAGAACUGAAGUUGUUCUGAUUCAAAGGCUAAUCGUAUAAGACCAAAAUAACUUAUGUGCAUUGCAUUUUUAUGUUUUUCUUCCAUGGCAGCUCAACAACAUAUAAAUAGUAUUGGCAAGUCAUUUGGAGCCAAAAGUUGUAUAUCCAUCUCUGUAUAUAAUUUGUUGUGGUCAGCUGGUUUUGGUAAACAACAUCUAUCUUCUUCUUUGUAUUUACCACCAUGCAUGCUUUUGAGUUGACAGGGCACAAACACCAAAAGCACCAAUUAAUACAGCAGCCUAAACUAACUUUAAAGUCCUCUUUGAGUGGUACUUUUGGAACUUGGCACAACUUGUUUACAUGUCUAUAAACAGUCUGUUGAAGGAUGCCAUCACAAGGUCAUUCGCGGUCCUGCCAUCCCUCAUCCCUGACAGCCUUUCGACCCCGAGGUUUAUUUUGAGAUCCGAGCGUGGCAUGUCUCCGUCGUCGACGGAGGGGUUUUGGAUUUCAAACAUCGCGGCGUGUAUUCGAAAAUGAUUAUUCUUAAUGUUGGGGGGGAGUCGUACUGUCUUUGUUAUGCCGCGUGUCAGCAUGACUUCUCCGCGCCCUUCACUUGACACCUCUUUCCUGCUUCGUGUUUAUCGAGCACUGGGAAGUCUGAGCGGACCACACAGCGUGGCAAGCCUUUCGGUGUUCCCUCCCCCCCUCAAACACCUGACCAAUAAAAUGGAGCGAGCAGAUAAAGAGAGAGAGACAUCACGUCGAGAAAAAAAGAAAAGAAACGUUGCUGAAGUUUACGUAGUAACACACAUAGCCUAUUGCAUGUUAAAAUAUGUAUAUGAGUAUUUAUAUCGUAUAACCUGUAACCCCUUCUUUCAGUGUUCUCUCGAUUUUUUUCGUAAGUGCUCAUUGAUGAUGACUCACGACGUAGAGUGCUUUUCCAACAAAUACUGUUUGUAUUUACGUCUAGUAGUGUGAAGGAAAUGUGAGUGAGGGAGUGUUGCUGCCGUGGUUGCAGCGCCUCCUCUUUGGCACGUUCGUAUCUAUGUUAUGUCAUGUACCUUACAGUUCUGCGCCUCUUUCAGAAUUCUGCAUUUAUAUCCCGAGAUCUGAGUGGCAACCCUAUGCUCUGUAUUUGGCUGUCGGGAUUUCGCAGAGCAGAUCCGACGAGCAGUCAUUUUACUAUGUCCCUUUGUCAGAAUAGCAAAGCAGUGACUAUCUUAUUGAAUUAUUUGUCUUUUGACUGACAAAAAGAAUAAAGCUCUGUGUGUUGCCUUCAGUUUAUUUAUGAGUGAGAUACGAUAGGGCUAUCAGAUGUGUCUUCAGCUAAAUGUAUAGUAUACAAGACCUUCACUCACCGUUUAAGUUGAAGUGGCAUUUCCCUGUUAGAUGCUAUGCAUCUCAUUACCUUCUUUGGUACAUUAGGUAAAGUAUUUAUUACAUUUAAAUUAUUUUAUUUAUUGUCAAUACUAAACUUUGUUCUUAUAAAUAGCAUUUUUUGUAUUUAUGAAGUGGCCAUGUACGUUAUUCUUUCCUUGUGUUUGUUUUUUGUUUUUUCCUACAAGGAACAUGAAUGUUUCCCGGUAACUCUCUUAACAGAAAAGGCUAAGCUAAGCAAAAACAUUCGGGACAGUGGAUGUGUACUGUACAACGAAUGUGUACCUGCGAGUUUCCCCUUUGAGCCAGCUAGACGAGAUAUAAAAAUGGAACCUGACAUGUCUCCACCGACUCGGUGGCAUAUGGCACCUGGGAGCAAAGCCAAGUGACGAGUGCCUGUGUCUGGCACCUCUGGUAUCAGAGACCAAACCCUUCCAGCACCUUGACACAUUGCUCUGAGUCUAUAGAUCUGAAACUCUUGGGGCCUGGUUCUAUCAUAAACUUACCAGUUAUAAAUGGCAAACCUCAUACAUCAUGUUUGACAAAAAAAGUUUGUAUACUUUCCGGUACUCACUAUUGUUAUUAUGUUAUUACUAUUAUUCAAUCAUCUGUGUAUCAUAUUGAUGUUGUUGCUGUCUGAAAAUGUCUACUGAACAUUAUUUUUGUACGUUUCUCUACGGAAUAAAAGUAUUUAUCUAA